GGGUCUCCUGUGAUGGGCUGACUGCAGGCUAGCCCACGUGACUCCGUGUUACACAGAUAGGUCCUUCGGUCCGCGUAAGCCGCGCCAAGUACCAGCAUCCAAUAAACACAGCAGCCAAAAGAAACAUGCAAACAAAAACCAAACGGCUGGAGGAAACCGGUUUUAUCUCCCUUGCAGCUGGGAAUUAGUAUCGAAAAUCCAGAUUUCUCCCUAACCGACUCCCCGCCACACAAUAUUGCCUCUUGCCUCCUGACAGCUCCCAGCCUGACAGCAUCCGCCCUUCAUUGGUAGCCAUGAUGGCUGCGCCGGGCCCCAGCCGCCGCCUCUUCCUCUACCCGGAACCCGUGCGCGCGCCCGAAGGUCCCCCUCGCCCGCCGAGAAGGCCGAAUCCGCGAAUCUAUGGAUGGCUGCUUCUGGCAGCAGCCUUUCUCAUGGAACGGUUUGGCUUUAUCCGCAAAAAGGCGUGGGAGAAUGCCGGAUUCGGGUGUUUGCGCCAAAUCUGGGACCACAUCGCCUUCACCGAACCCCGCUAUGAUCCUACCGUGUAUUCAUUUGAAGACGGCUCCGUCGCCUGGGAUAUCCAAGAGAAGGACCACGCGUCUCGGAAGCCCGAAGACGAUGAACCGUCUGCUUCCCAUGUGGCGCCGCCUGGGGGAGGACAAAACUCGGUCGCACUCUACCGGACACUGUAUCUCUCAGGCGAGCUCACACCACUCGAUGUAGCCCGAGCCAUCCUGCCUCUCAUCAGGCGCGACGCCUCGCCACCAGGCGAGCACUCCGUAGCAUGGCUUGAGGUCCACGCCGAGUCGGUGCUUGCGGCGGCGGCCGCAUCUACGCAGAGGUACAAGGAAAAGAAGUCGCUGGGCCCGCUCGACGGAGUCCCGACGGCGGUCAAGGACGAAUACGACAUGGCAGGGUACAAGACGACACUGGGCUCCCCAAACGACUAUACCGCCCUCCACGUGCCCCGGGAAGAGGGCGACGACGACGGCGAUAAGACGUCAUGGUGUGUGAGGCAGGUGAUGGGAGCGGGAGCAGUCGUUCUGGGCAAGCUCUCCUUGCACGAAUUCGGCAUGGACACGUCCGGCUACAACAUCACGUACGGAACGCCGAGGAACCCAUAUAACCCGUCGUACUACCCGGGCGGAAGCUCUUCCGGCUCCGCCUACGCCGUCGCCGCGGGGCUCCUGCCCAUCUCGCUGGGCAGCGACGGGGGUGGGAGCAUCCGGAUCCCCGCAUCCUUCAACUCCGUCUUUGGGCUCAAGCCAACCCACGGCAGGCUGGCCUUUCUCCCGGGCCAAAACCACAGCAACUCUGCCGCGGUCAACGGGCCCAUGGCCGCCGACAUGCGAUCCCUCAUCGCCCUAUACGACGCCAUGAGCAGGCCGCACCCCGCGUCGCCCUUCUCCUUUCCCGGACUCGCGACCGCGCCGCGCCGGAGCAGCCUCGAAACCGACGACGCGGCGCGCCCGAGGAUCAUCGGGGUCCCCGAGGCGUGGUUCGCGCGGGCCAGCCCCGUCGUCCAGCAGCUGUGCUCGAGCCUCGUCGACAGGCUGGUGGAGCGCAAGGGCUACCGCGUCGUGCCGGUCGAGAUCCCGUUCACGCAGGAGGGCCAGGCGGCGCACGCGCUCACGCUGCUGACGGACGCGGCGGCGCUGGUGCGGGACGGCGACACCAAGGGGCUGUCGCCGGCGAACCGGAUCCUGCUGGCGCUCGGGCGCACGACGCCGGCGUCGGACUACCAGCUCGCGCAGCGGCUGCGGCACGUGCUCAUGCGGCACCUCGCCUGGCUCUGGCGGCGGCACCCGGGCAUGGUCCUGGUGACGCCGGCGUCGGCGUGCGCGGGCUGGCCGAUCCGCGGCGGCGGGCGCGAGCUCGCGUACGGGGUCAGCGACGGCGACAGGACGAUGCGGUCGAUGGAGUACGUCUGGCUCGCGAACCUGUGCGGCGUCCCCAGCAUCAGCGUCCCGGCCGGCUUCGCGGCGCCCGGCGACGGGGAGGCCGAGGUCGCGGGCGAGGACACGCCCGGGAAGGUGCCCGUCGGGCUGAUGGGCACGGGGGAGUGGUGCUCCGAGGAGAGCCUGCUGCGGUUUGGGCUGGAUGCCGAGGAGGUCGGCGCGGACCUGCAGCGCCCGCCGCCCGGCUGGGUUGACGUCGUGGCGCUUGCCAAUGCGAAAAAGCAGGAUGAGUCUGCCGAAAAGUGAAUGAAUAUCUGAUGACAAUGCUUGGAGUGGGCGCGGAGCCAAGGUGUGACAAUAAUGGGUGUAUCGGUGCAGAAGUCUGGAAAUAGAAACCGCGAGGCUACGGUCUCAUCUCCUAGCUGUUGGUGUGGAUACGGUAGACGGUAUCAAGUACCUGGGCUGACCACCGAAUGCCUCUCAAGUGCCUUCGUAGCUACAUCUCAUAGGUCGGGCGCUCGCUAAGGUAGUCUCAGCUUGGCACCUUGCGGAGUACUGCGGCCGCGCCAAUAGGAACAUAUAUGUAUAGCUACCUACUAUCUAAGUAACCUACUCCGGUCAGCAUGGAGUGGGCCCAGAGCCCGGAUUCCGGACGCCUUGCUAUUGGCAGUAGACGCAAUCCUGUUGGCGGAACAAAGAGCAAUUUCCAGGCUCACGCACCCUCCAAGCUUACUGUCCUCUUCUGGCAAACUCCCAUGCCGGUAAUUUCGGGAGAAAAACCCUCUAGGUCGA